UGAAGAAGGCAGAUGGUCUGCGCCGGCAGCCGACUCGCGCCGCGCACGACUCUCUCCGUUGUCCCCGUCGCCUGCGCUGCUGCACCAUGAGCGCCCCGAGGCAGGUGGUCAACUUCGGGCCCGGGCCUGCCAAGUUGCCGCGCUCGGUAUUGUUAGAGAUACAGAAAGAACUAUUAGACUACAAAGGAAUUGGGAUUAGUGUUCUUGAAAUGAGCCACAGGUCAUCAGAUUUUGCCAAGAUUAUUAACAACACAGAGAAUCUUGUGCGGGAAUUGUUAGCCGUUCCAGACAACUACAAGGUGAUUUUUGUGCAAGGAGGUGGGUCGGGCCAGUUCAGUGCUGUCCCCUUAAACCUGAUUGGCUGGAAAGCAGGAAGGUGUGCCGACUAUGUGGUGACAGGAUCUUGGUCAGCUAAGGCUGCAGAAGAAGCCAAGAAGUUUGGGACUGUGAAUAUCGUCCACCCCAAACUUGGGAGUUACACGAAAAUUCCAGAUCCAAGCACCUGGAACCUCAGCCCGGACGCUUCCUAUGUGUAUUAUUGCGCCAACGAGACCGUGCAUGGAGUGGAGUUUGACUUCAUCCCUGAUGUCAAGGGAGCCGUGCUGGUUUGCGACAUGUCCUCAAACUUCCUAUCCAAGCCGGUGGAUGUUUCCAAGUUUGGUGUGAUUUUUGCUGGUGCGCAGAAGAACGUGGGCUCUGCUGGGGUCACGGUAGUGAUCAUCCGCGAUGACCUGCUGGGGUUCGCACUCCAAGAGUGCCCCUCGAUCCUGGAAUACAAAGUACAGGCUGGAAACAGCUCCUUGUACAACACGCCUCCAUGCUUCAGCAUCUAUGUCAUGGGCUUGGUCCUGGAGUGGAUUAAGAACAAUGGCGGUGCAGCAACCAUGGAGAAGCUCAGCACCAUCAAAUCGCAGAUGAUUUAUGACGUUAUCGAUAAUUCUCAAGGAUUCUACGUAUGUCCAGUGGAGCCCAAGAAUAGAAGCAAGAUGAAUAUUCCAUUCCGCAUUGGCAAUGCCAAAGGAGACGAUGCUUUAGAAAAAAGGUUUCUUGAUAAAGCUCUUGAACUCAAUAUGAUCUCCUUGAAAGGGCAUAGGUCUGUGGGAGGCAUCCGGGCCUCUCUGUAUAAUGCCGUCACGAUUGAGGAUGUUCAGAAGCUGGCGGCCUUCAUGAAGAACUUUCUGGAGAUGCAUCAGUUAUGAACACAUCUUAACCAGUGUAUACUCUGCCCUUGAACAGUGUAUAACAUUUAAAGUAACUUGGGAAUGACGACAGAAAUUUAGUGAACACGGUAUUUUUCUCAAGGGAACGUGCUUAUUAUAGAUGUCAUGUUUUCAAAGAACAACAACAAAACAUCCACAGCUCUGCAGAGCUGGUGGGACUUAAAGGCCCCCACCUUAAUUCUGACUUGAACUGGAAGUUUUUUUUUUUUUUUUUAAAUCUUCCUUUAGCUUUUCUAGCGAAUUCUGGCUAACUUUGUCUUUGCUGCUACUUUUUCUGAGUAUUCAAACUUGCCUGUGGACUUAAUUAUGCAGAUCGAAGUUGCUUAUUUCUGGAGACACACAAACACAGCAUGGAGGCUGGGUAGGGACCUCUGGGUGCUGAAUCUUGAUCCUUUCCACAAUGACAGCAUUGGGGUCUCCUGGGUUCUGCACCUGUUAAUUAAGGUCCACACUGCCUGUGUGGUGAGUGUUUCGGGGUUCCAGGCUGAAGGGCAAGCUGGGGGAUCUUUCUUUAUCCUGUUCUUCUCAUACAGAGAUAAAAUUGACAUACGCUAUGUUCAUAUAGCAAAGUCUGUUUUUAAUAACAAAUAGUUUAUAUCUCUAUGCAAUCUGUUUCUAAUAAUAUGGUUCUUGGUGAUGCAUGUAGAGACUUAAGAGAAUUUGUUAGAAUCCUUGACCUCACAUACGACGAGUUAACAUUUUCAGUGGUGUCUCUCCCCUCCCCGUUCCCUCUUCAAAAAACUGCUUCACCAGAUUUCGAUGUUCCCUGAUUCCCUUUUAUGUUCCUUUUAGUGGGUAGAAGGUUGGUUGGUUGCCCUUUGUUCUUUAUUUUUCAGUUAGGCUGUUAAAUUAAAAUUCUCUGUUAAACUCCCUUCUUGUUGGUUCACUUGACAGUUCUCUUUAUAGUGUUUGACCAGUGGUGCUGUGAGUUCCGGAAGAUCUUUGCUGAAGAGUCUUUUCCCUCUUGUUUAUCCAUUGUCAGUAUUUUCUCUUGACUGUGUGGAGGACGUGGAAGUCCUAAAACAUCUAAACCUUUGUCAAUAAAUUUCUUCACCUGCUUUGUAGUAACGUAUGUAUGUAUGUACUGAGCCAACCAGGCGCCCCUACUUUACCUGCUUUUUAGACGGAUUGUUCUGUUAACAACUUUAUGAUGGAAACACUUGAGUCUGAAAGUAGCAUCUGAUAAGGGGCAUUUAGUUCCACCAAAGGUGUAAGUCUUGAGUCCUGUGCAUCCGUUUUUGUUUUUUUUUUUAAGUGAUUCCAUAUACUGUGGUGGCUUUCAUUGGCUUUUGGAAUGGACAUUAUCAAGAAACCACUUUACAGCAUAGCUCACGCUGUAAAGGUCUAUGAACUCUGUCCCACGUAGGCCGGAAACAUGCCAAUAGGACAGUUCUGAGCUAUCUCUGUGUUUGUUGGAUUGUGUAAUAAGGACCGUACAGAUCUCUUACCCUAGCUCACCAUCAGUUGAUUGGGUUAUUUGGGUUCCCCUGGUCAGGGCUAAGCUUCCCUCGUCUUAGUUCUCAUCUAUAAAGAGAAAGAUUGAAAUAACUCCCCCACUUGUCCCAGAGAUGUUGAAGAGCUUCAAACAAGGGCUCAAGGCAGGGUAUGAAUAAUAACUACAAUAAAUGUUUAUAUAGCAAAGCCCGCCGGUCCGUGGAAUCCUUCUCAGUGUUGACAUGGAAGAGUGCUCAGAGUUGGCCUCACCAUUUUCAUCCUUUCCUGAUGGGUGCAAGCCCCUGUGCAUUGUACCGACCCCAGGUCUCAAAUUUCCACUUACUUCCAUUCCUGUCGCGGGGCCCACUCUGAUGUCUGCCCUCUGCGGAUUAUUUCUGCAGCCUUGUCUCCCCCAGCCCCCACCCCUGCACAGCCAGCUGGACUACUACUUCUCCCUCAUGCUCCUCCAUGAUAUGUUAAAAAUCCAGGGUUCUCAGGCUGGUAUCGGCAGCUUUGCAGCAUGUGGCCUGGGCUUGUCUGUCUUAUGUUUAUGGUUCUUGGAAUGGGAUAUGUGUAUGCUUGUGCUGUGACACAUAUUCCUGGCCUGGGGCUCCUGCCUCGUUUGCGCCUCCUUCGGAACAGUGUUCUUACAGGGGUGACCCUUUUGCCCAUCACACGCCUGCAUUCCCUACCGAGGUGUCUGCUUCUCUGCCCUCCCCUUAGAGCAUCAUGGAAGGAGCCAUGUUUCUCCACUUCCAGCACCUGGCAUCCUUGCCCAUUGUGGGUACUCAACAAUUGUCUGUUUAAGGAAUGAAAAGUCUUACUCAGAUCAUAUUGGUCUUCCUGAGUUUCACGAACUGAAACUGGAAUAGAGGCAGAUGUACCAUCUUAACAUAUAUGGAUUUUUUUUUUUUUUAAUUUUUAAAAGCUUAGUAUAUAAUAUAAUUUCAUUUUCCACUACAAUGGUCAGAUACGACUCUGGUUGAGUAGGGAAAUUUAAAGUCUUGGAGGGCUCCCAGACUCAUCUUUAUCAGUCUGUGAAUGCUUUUGGAAAAUGGUCAGCGACUGCAUCCGUACAAGUACAAAGAGUAGUCACUUGUUAGGACACAGAUUGCUGGAAGAUGCUCAUCGAGUGAAAACCUUGGCCUUUGUGUGUCUCAGAUGAAUGAACUGAUGCCGAUCUGCUGACCAUGUGGAGAGAGGUGGAGGGGAAGGUAAGGGUGCAGGCUCCUGGGUCAGCAGGCUGCAGGAACCAGAACCAGCCAUCCUUCCCCUGAAGAUGAAAAGCAAAGUAGAUCAAACCAGUGUUUUUCAGGCCUUGGGGAGUCUGUCCUCAUGUUCUUCCGGAUACUCCCAAACUCUACUCCCUCCCCCACCCCCGCCCAAACUGAAUUUGAAGUUUUAUUUUUCUCCUUCAAAAUUCUUCCAGUGCAUAAUCAUUCUACUGCUGCUCCGGUGAGAAAAAACAGAAUUUGUUUCCAUGUUCUUUAUGUUUACCUUCGCACACUACUUGGUCUCCCAACACUGCAGUUCUGUUCUUUGCAUAAGAAACAGAAAUUAUAUUCUGUCUCCAAGUCUUCAUUCCCCUCGCUAGUCUAUGUUUAUCUAAAUAUCCAGUGCCGCUUCAUCACAAUUUAGCUGAUGCUGGAAGGUUUGACAAGCCCUUUGGGCAACUAGGUGAUGUAAGACAUAAUUAUUCCUUUUCCCCCCUUCGGAGCUGAAGGAGGCACUAAGACCCAUAAAGUGGGCAGAACCCACAGAUAGAUGAGAUGUUCAUUUCUGCCGAAGGAAUUAGCAGGUCCGGCCUGUAUCACUUCGUGAUUAAUGUUUGUUGUAACGUGUUCGUUGGAAGGAAAAUAAAAUGAGGAAGAAUUUUCUCACAUUUGAUCAGAAUGAACAUAAUUAAAAAGUGAAAUGCUACUGGGUUUGGGAAGAAAUCAAUCACUUUAAUUGGAAAGAAGAUUCCUUGCCUCUGUCGGUAAUUGGACUCUUGGUAAUUUAGAUUCGGAAUCCAUGACAGUUUGUGAUAAAUUGGCUCCUGUUGGGCUAAAGAGGGUAAGAAGUUCUAAUUACCCCUGGAUUAUUCCAGAGUGGAUGGAAAAGCUUGAUCAAAGAAGGAGGUGCUGGGGAAGAGAUAGAAAAGCCAGCAGUGAGCAAAGAUUUAUUGAAUUUCUUCUUAAGAAGGGUAAAGAAUAAAACGGUUCAUUUGAUGUGACAAAAACAAGAGCAUGGUAUUUGUGGUAUCUGACAUCCUGCAGAUGUAAAUUGGAUUUUCUAGGAAAAUAGGGAACGGGGCAUGUUAGAAAAAGUUUACGUACACAGAAGUUCUACGAUCGGGCUAUAGCAGUUAGCCUUGCUUACUUGUUAGUGCAUGAGAAUAUUGACAACCUUGGGCCUCACUGGGAGAGAAAGUAUGGAAUUUGUACUUUGAGUGUUUAAGCGCAUAAGUCAUCAGCACUAAGUUUAAGGAAGUCUGGUACGUUUUAUACAAAUGAAACAAUUUAAGCUAGUAGAAAUGUAGACAGACUCAUUAGUGAGUCUGCUGACCUGGUCACUGUUGGUACCCUAGUCUUGUUUCUGUGCAGAUCGCUUAAGAAUACCUGAGGAAUAGGCUGGAUUUUAGGUUGAUGCCCUGGGUGAUGAAUUUAUUUUGGAAUUGUGUGGUUUAUUUUAUAUGUCUAUCUAGUUGUCAAUGUAUAGAUGUUGAUAGAUCUGAUUUCAAACUUACAGAGAAGUUGCAAGAUUAUUUGCAACUUGACUUAGAUUCACCAAUUAUUUUAGCUUCAUGUCCCUGGUAUUCACUCUCUCUCCAUCUAUACUUUCCUUUUUUUUUUUUCCUGAACCAUUUAAGGAUAAGCUGGAGACAUUGUGCUCCUCUACCUCCAACUAGUGACGAUUCCUGAGAAUAAGGACAUUUUCCUAUGUAACCACAGCAAUGAUGAUCUAAAUCAGAAAUGUAACGUUGAUACUGUUGACUCUUCUACAGUCCAUAUUCAAAUUUUGCCAAUUAUUCUAGUCACACCCUUCAUAGCUAUUUUAGUCCAAGAACCAGUCCACAAGCAUGCAUGGUACUUAGUUCUCAUGUCUCCUUUUUUUUUUUUAACAGAACACGAGCAGGGGGAGUGUCCGAGGGAGAAGCUGACUCCCCGCUGAGCAAGGAGCCCAAUGCAGGACUCGAUCCUGGGACUCUGGGAUCGUGACCUGAGCUGAAGGCAGACACUUAAUUGACCACUCACACACCUAGUUCUCAUGUUUCCUUAAGUUAAAUAUGAAACAGUUCUUCAGCCUUUUUGUCUUUCACGUUAUUGACCGUGGCAGAGCAAGGCUGCUUGUAGUAGAAUAUGAUGGAGUCGGUUUGAGUUGGUCCUGUUUCCUGUUUUGGCAGGGGUACCACAGAAGUGAUGUCCUUCUCUUUGCCUCCUGAGAGGAGGCACCUGAUGUCCGUCUGCCUCACUGGUGUCUUGCUUCAGGUGGUGUCCAUGAGGAUCCUUCACGGUCAAGUUGUUAUUUGUCCCUUUGUAGUUGAUAAGUAGUUUAUGGAGAGAAAUUUCGAGGCUCUCACUAUUCAGUUCUUCAUGAUGGAGAAGGUAAAGUGAUUUAUGGCUUAUUUUCCACCAGUAUUUCUACAGCCGACUCCUCUCUCUCCCACAGGGAAAAGAAGCCCUGAAAUAUAAGCAAAGGUGUGUAAAGAAACAAAAGUACAUUGAGAAGUCAAAAGCCAACAGUUGGGGUUAUAGAUCCCAGGCGCCCUGAGAGUAACAAAUGUGUUCUGAGGAUGUGAGUAGUAUGGGCAAGUGUUCCUUUUGGUGAAACAGGAAAGGAGGGAAAGAAUCUCCUGAUCAGCAUUAUAGGGACCAGCUUGUGGAAUUUUCCCUCCGUCUAGUCAGGUUUCUUUAAUUCUCAGUUAUUUUUAGAAGAACAGCCCUUUGGCAACACAGACCCUUAAUCUAAUAGCCGGAUCAUGAACCACACAGCCUGAUGAUACUUUGAAAGAUGUCAUAUAACAACCUAAAGUUAAGGUUGCUUCUGAUGUUUCUGACCUAGCAGAAUAGCCCCCAAGAGAAAAAUAAAAUCUUGGCUUCCACCUAGCCAGGUGAAAAGCUGAAAGCAUCUUAAAUGCCUGAGAAAUAAAACUUGAAGUUGAAAUGUAAGGAACGUAAGAGGUUAUAGGGUAUUCUGGGGGGAAAAAUAAUGAUCUACCCAGCAGAGUUAAAGGUGGCUGCUGGCUCAAUACUCCUUCCUGCUCGCUUCCCCCACUUUAAAACCAUACUUUCUUUAGGGUGAAAGUGUAGGGGUUGAAGAGGAAAUCUUCGGAAGUUGUUAGGAAAUGACAGGUGAGCAGGUUAAUAACCUUAGGUAGCAACCAUUCUAUAAAAUAUACACUGGGGGGAAUAUUUCUGAAUUUUUGAAUCAUUUAAACCUUGGGUAAUCUUACACAUUUUCUAAAGAAAUAAGCUCAAAUUAAGGCUCCAACUGGCUAUCACCCAGUCAUUUCCCCCAUUAAGCCGUUUCCAAUCUCCCAGUAGCACAUUUUCAGCAGAUAUUUUUUGUUUUCUAAAGGUUUUAUUUAUUUACUUGGCAGAGACACAGUGAGAGGGAACACAAGCAGGGGGAGUGGAAG